CAAGCUCACCUUGAAUGUGGAGCCAAAACACAUUUGGAGCCAUGGUGCCCGGGGGGCAGACGUGGCUGCCGACAUGCAAGAGCGCCCCAAAGAGGCCCUCCGAAGCCUCGGUGCAGCUGGGCGCGCGGGCCAAGUCCGCCGCUUCCCCGCGCUUCGCAGGCGCCGCGGCGACCGAGGCGGCGCCCGCGGUGGAGGCGCCUGCGGCUGCAGGCUCGGAGGUGGAGGACUUGCGUGUGAAGGCCAAAAGUAAAGCAAGAGGAAGCGUUGCAACCUCCUUGGGCGCCAAGGAUCCUCCAGGAAAGCCUGCCAGCGCGCCUGCCAGUGUGCCCUCAAGCGCUCCGGUGUCAUCCCAGCAGAGCGAGGAGAACCCAGCGAAGAGGCGGAAGUUCACCCCAGCGCCCAAGGCCAAGGCGCACGGUGACACUUCCGGACUGGAGCAAGCCUUGCAGAGCUCCAUGAGCUCCACCGGGCCGAGCCGCGUCGAGAGACCCGCUGAGGGCAGCGACCACUUCGCGGCCAUGGCCGCAGCAGUGAAGAGCCACAAGACCAGCGCACCCAAGGUGAAGGGUUCCAUCGAGGCGGUUGGCGCUGACUACGAGGAGCGUGACCCAUAUCGCCUGGCCAAAGGGAUCCGAGCCUGGUCGACGGCGGACCCCAACAAGGCUGUUGCGGUGCCCUGGGCAUCUUUUGAGCACGCGAAGAUGCCGCCGAAGCUUCUGCAAGGCUUGCGCACAGCAGGGUUCCAAGAGCCCACACCAAUCCAGGCACAGGUCUGGCCGAUCGCCUCAGGCGGCGUUGACCUCAUUGGCAUCGCCCGCACUGGCUCUGGGAAGACCUUGGCCUUUCUCUAUCCAGCCUACCUCUGGAUGCAGCAGCGGCGGGCUGGGGUGCAGUCACUGGUGCUGGCCCCUACAAGGGAACUAGCAACUCAGAUCCACGAAGAGGCCACGAAGUUCUCAGCAGCAUCGGGGUUUAGCAGUGCGUGUGUCUACGGCGGCGUCCCGAAGAAGGAGCAGCUGCCGGCGCUGCAACGCGGCUCACCCAUCUUGGUGGCCACCCCCGGACGGCUGAACGACUUCCUUGAGUUCCGGCAGGUCACCCUCUCCUCCGUGGGCUAUUUGGUCUUCGACGAGGCAGACCGCAUGCUGGACAUGGGUUUCGAGCCCCAGAUCCGCGAGAUCGUGCGACAGGUGCCUAAGCGGCGGCAGACGCUGAUGUUCAGCGCCACAUGGCCGGAGGAAGUUCAAACCUUGGCGCACGACUUCCUGAAGGAGCCCAUCCACAUCCAAGUCGGCGACCCUACAAUGCUGCAGGCCAAUGAAGAUAUCAGCCAGCAGGUCAUUGUGGUGGAUCCAGAGCACAAGGAUUGUACCCUGUUGCAGGUCCUGCGUGGAAACCCCCCUCCUGCGCGGAUUUUGGUAUUUGUGGCCAUGCGGAAGCAGUGCGACUUGGUGGUCCGUGCUCUUCGGCGGAAUGGCGUAAAGGCUAACUCUAUGCAUAGCGACAAGGACCAACAGGAGCGGGAGGAGGCAUUGCAAGACUUCCGCACAGGGCAGGUGUGUGUGCUGGUGGCGACGGAUGUGGCGGCACGUGGGCUGGACAUCAAAGGCAUCAACUUGGUGGUGAACUACGACACGGCCAACAACACCGAGGACUACGUGCACCGCAUCGGUCGGACGGGGCGUGCGGGCCAGAAGGGGUGGAGCCUGACCUUUCUCACGCGCUCAGGUGAAGAUGCCUUCAAAGCCGUUGGAAUGGCGGCCGUGAUGGAAAAAGCUGGAUGCCCCAUUCCAGGGGAGAUGCAGCAGCUGGUGGAACGCACUCGCUGGCGGCAGCAGCAAGCCAAGCUCAAUGAACACAAGUGGGACAACUUGCCCAUGGUCCUCAUGGUUGCAGAGAAGCCCUCGGUGGCCAAGUUGGUGGCUGAGAGCCUCUCUGGCGGUCGCAUGCGCCCACGGAGGGGACAGAGCCGAGCUGUACAGAGCAUGGAGUUUGUGACCUGGUUCCCACCGGCACAGCAGAAAUGUCGCAUUCUGCAGACGUCCACCAUUGGCCACAUUUUCGGUUUGGACUUCGAGAAUGGGAAGCAACCACCGCAAGAGCUCUUCUACGCCAAUGUGAAGAAGACUGUGGAGGCCAACGUGGCAAAGAAUCGGAUUGUAGAGCACAUCCAGGAACUGGGCCAAGAGGCCGAGUACCUGGCGCUCUGGCUGGACUGCGACCGCGAAGGCGAGAACAUUUGCUACGAGGUGAUGUCGUUGUGUAGCUCUAUCCCUUCGGAGAACGUGUACCGUGCACACUUCUCCGCACUCACGCAGCCAGAGAUCCAGAUGGCCUAUCAAAACCUGGGCCGACCUGAUCAGCACCUGGCCAUGGCUGUGGAUGCGCGGCAAGAGCUGGAUCUGAAGAUUGGAUGUGCUUUCACCCGGCUUAUGACCCGGACUUUCUUGAACUCUGCGAAGGAGAAGUUCCGGGUUUGGGACCAAACCUGCCUGAGCUACGGCCCGUGCCAAACACCAACCCUCUGGUUCUGCGUGGAACGGCACAAGGAGAUCGAGAACUUCCAACGUCAGGACAUUUUCACGCCCAUCGUGACUGUGAGCAUCGAAGAUUAUCCAGUGGAGCUACAGUGGAUUGAGGAGACCACCCUAGACCGUGCGCGUGCCGAAAGAUUGGAGAAGCAGAUUCAGGCUGCUAAGAAGGCACGCUUCUUGAAGAUUGAGAGCUCCAGGAAGUCGGCCAAGCGGCCUGUGGGCCUCAACACUGUGCAGAUGCUGAAGACUUGCAGCACACGCUUGGGCAUGUCACCGGCAGAGACCAUGCGCAUUGCUGAGGGCUUGUACUCCUCCGGGUAUAUCUCCUACCCAAGGACAGAGACGACCAAAUAUUCACAGACCUUCGACCUGGUCGCGGCACUCAGGGAACAAGCCUACCAUCCGACGUGGGGAAAGACGGUGAGCUACGUCCUGCGGGAGACACAGAUUCAACAACCGGUGGCAGGCACUGACAAGGGCGAUCAUCCACCCAUCACGCCGAUCAAGGCCGCUCCCAAGGACGAAUUUAGCAAGGGGAAGGAAUGGAGGCUCUAUGAGUAUGUGACGCGACACUUCAUCGCAUCUCUCAUGGAUGAUGCGUCGUAUGACGAAAUUCGCUACGUCUUCGAUGUGGCUGGAGAGCACUUCACCUUCACCUACCACGAGGUUAAGGAGCGUGGUUUUUUCUACAUUAUGCCGUGGCGCCCGAGAGACCUGAAGCUGAAUGAGAUUGACUGGGACAUGCCUGAGAUGUCCCAGAGAUCAGAGUUUCCAGCCGAGGCGGAAGUCCAAAGAGACAAAACGAGACCGCCGGACUACCUGAAGGAAAGUGAACUCGUGGCCUUGAUGGAUCAGAAUGGCAUCGGCACCGAUGCCUCGAUCCCACAACACGUACAGAAUGUGGUUGACCGGCACUACGUGAUGAUUUGUGGCCCCGGGGAUGAUGGACAACGCGGAGAAAUCAUUUCGAAAGGCAGAGGCAAGGGGAAGAAAGGCAAAGGGAAGGGCAAAAGCAAAGGAGUCAAAGGUGAAGAUGGACGGCCUGCCUCAAGGCAUAUGGUGCCGACGCCACUGGGCCUCAGUAUGUUGGCAGCCUUUGAGGAGUUGGAUCCCCAGCUUUGCAGACCGCCCAUCCGUGCUUUCAUGGAGAAGCAGGUUGCCCAGAUUGCAGAUGGAUUCUUGGAGAAGGCGGACGUGACGGCGCAGAAUUUGGAUUUGUUCUUUUCCAAGUUCGUGAACUUCAGUGAGAACAUCAGCCGGCUUAAUCGCUUUUUCAUGAAGAAGGAACAACUGCAAGGUCAAUGGCAAGAGUGGGGCAGCUGGACGCCCAAGGGCAAAGGCCCUUUCCGGGCGGGCCCGGAAGGUGGCACUGCAACAAGUCUUUUUUCCUUGAGGUGUAGCUGAUCAGCCUUUGUAUGUACCAUCUUGCAAAGAAAGACCUCUCGCUGGUCUGCUCUGCAGAACAGUUUCAAUUUUGGCCGACAUUUCUGGUGAAUCAGCUGAAAAGAGCUGAAAAGGGCACAGCAC